AUGAACUUCUUGCACAGACGGAGCAGGUCUGUGUCGGCCACUCGGCCCCAGACGCCUGCUUCAGCUUCUGCCCAUAUGGCGGCCACUCAGGCAUUCCUCAAUAGCCGAGCCUCGCAGGCAAAUCUGUCAGCUUCCGCCGCCGCUCAAGCCCUGAGAACCAUGUCUCCGACUCCGACCCCGGUGGAUCAGGUUCAGACAAAGCGCAUGAUUCAAAGGCAAGCCUCUUCCGGUUCUCUUUCAAGUUCAGCCCGGGGUCGAGGAAGAGGCGGCUUGCAGAGGCACAACAGUGCUGGGUCCAUGACUGAGAGGACGUUUAGAACUCCUUCGCCCUCGCCCUCGCGACAAGUCUCGCGCUCAGAACCCGAGGCCCCCCCGCUACCGACCAUUCCGCAACAAUUUGCUCCUCCCGCGGCCACGCCGUCCAAGAAGAAGAAGAAGAGAGCAUCCAGUCAAGAAGCUCCUCCGCCUCGCGUACUCUCACCACCGCUAGUGCGACCAUCAAACCGUGGCCAGAGUCUCGAUAGGUACGGAUCACCGCAGCAGCCACCGCCCAACUUUCAGAGAAAUCCCAGCGUUCCACAAAGCAAUGAUCUUGAGCGGGUUGACAGCCGAAGUUCCAUCAAUUUUUCGAGACCGCUGUCGCCGCGACCCCAAUCUCCCGUAGCGCAAUCUCCAAUGGCACAGUCUCCCGUACUCGUGAACGGUGAUCGAUCUCCUUCCAAUGCUGUCGCAAAGGCGAUCUCUCCGGCGCAAGCCGCAGAUAUUCAGGACGACCUAGUGCAAACCGCAAAUCAGCCUGUCAAGAAGAAGAAGAAGAGGGUGGUCAACACCGCAGCAGAAGGUAGUCACCUGCAGAGUGGGACAAUAGCGAGCAAACCAGUCGUCAAUUCGCUGGAACCAAGUCCAGAGCCACAAACACAAACUUUCUCAGAUCAGCAGCCUCCUACAAGGAGGAAGAAGAAAAAACCUUCGUUUUCCGAAGAGGGUCUUGAUUCUUCUGCGACCGAGGCCUCGCGGACCGAUUCAGACUCGGACUCGAAUGUCGAGCGCAAGCGAGAAAGGAGGACGCAGAGAGCCUCGGGGAUCUUACAGAAACAGCCAUCUAUCGUUCGGGAAGACUGGGAAGGCGAACAGCAGGAGCAAGACAGUCCACCGCAUGCCCAUCAAGCCGCAGACGCCAGUGUGAAUUCUGUCCAAGAAGUGACUGCUCCGGAUCUGGGAAAGAGACCUAUGAAUACCGCAGAUAUACCUAGGAAGAUUGAAUUCGCUCCCUCGCCAUCCGCUCCCAAUCAAUCUCUUUCUCCAGAGACUGCGGCACUGGACGGUCGCGAGGAAUCGCCAGCUCCAACGAGUCACCUCCAAGUCACUGAACCUCAGCCUGCUCGGGGUACUUCGCUCAGCCCCUCGCGAUCCACUCGUUUCUCGGAAAGGUUAUCUUCAGACCUUGCUGCAGGCCGAAAACACGAACCUCCUCCGCGAUCGAUAUCGCCUGCUAAACCUGCGCUCAAGCAUCACUCCCCGAAUCCAGCCUUUUCCGGCGGCGAACCUCGUGGCGCUAGUGUUACCCCGAGUGAGUCGUCUGAUAUAUCGAGUGCGUCGGUCGAUGGUCCUCCAAAACGGAAGAAGUCUGUGCGAGUCAGCUUCGAGGCUCAGCCCGAAAUUGUUGGAACUGCCGCAAGCGUUCAAAGUCCGGCGGAGAGUCCUGGCAGAGAGAAAAAGGGGUGGCUUGGCUUGGGAAAGGGCAAACCAAUGCCGAACACCUUCUCGAACGAUGACAUGGAAGAGUUGAUGAAGCCACGCCCUCAACUUCCGUCGUUUGGGAGCGUUCGUGGCCAAAAGUUUAGAGAUAUCAAUGAUUCCAACCACGCGCAAAUGCCAAGGUCGCCUCCGGAAACUCGUGCGCCGCUCGCAGAGGGCAAGAAUACUACUGCUUCGGGGACGUCUUCGGAGACGUCCAGUACCUCCACCCCCUAUCCAGCCACAGGCGUAUCAAGCGAUCAAAUUGUAGGAGCUUUAUUGGCUCAAGAGGCCCGAAGGACCUCUGGGCAGGCUUCUGGACCUCCACUCAAUGAGCCCCUUCCGCCCGAGGUGACGUCCGUCGAGGGCGCCGUGUCGUUUUCGGACGAAGAAAACGACAUUUCGGAGGCUGAGGAGACGACGUCUGCACCACCUCCUCGUCCAGUCCGCGGUUCAGAACUACAUACUGACGCAAAAGCCGACCUUGCGAAACCAAUCAGCCAACCUGUGAGGUCUGGACCUCUCCAGACAGAGGUACCACUGGUAUCCGUCUCACCGCCCACUCCCGCUGAAGAGCCGAAACCCAAUGACCAAUAUCUGGUGGAAGUUCCAGGAGGCUUCCCAGUGUCUACGGAGGCCCUAAGCAGACUCGAUGAUGAGUCACGCAAGGCAUCCCACGUCGUGAGUGGACCCCCUGACGUGAGUUCACGUACGGUCACGGAAGCCGUGGACGAUGAAGUGUCGGACAACGAUAGCAUUUACAGCGAUGCGGCGGAAGAUCCCUCGGAGAUGGAAGGGAUGGGAUUUGGUUCCAUUGACGCCAUUGUGGAGAGUCCUAUUGUGACUCCGCCAGGACCUUUUACUGCCCCGGAGAGCCCACUUGCGCGACUAUCAUCUACCGUUCCUCAAGACGCGCUGGGUUCCGGAUCUUGGGAGGAGGCACAGGCUCGUUGGAGUGGCAUCGCAGAGCAGACGAGAUCUUUGCCUGGUCAAAACAUCAAUGAAAGUCAACCAGCACCAGCGACCACUGUCCGCGAAGUGGAGCAAGCGAGGCAGGUCCCAGAUCAGAGCCCCGUGCCCACAAAGACGCCGGAGGCUGCCACAAAAGUAUACAACAAGAUAACACAACCUGCACAACCUCGACCUACACGGGCUCCCGCGUCACAGUCCACUGCGCCACAACCUAGGCGCAAAAAGAAGUCGCCUGCUGCAAUAGCUGCUGCUGCAUCUGUGCCGGCAGCGGCAGCAGCGACACAAGGACAACCAGACUCGCCACUUCAAAAGAGGACGCAGCCUUCUGCAUAUCCAACGAUCGAAACCCCCAGCCUCGGACAUGCUGCGGCCGCCGCUGCACCUUUCCGACAGUCGAUGAGAGCCAGCUCCCCGCCAGAGAUCGAACCGGGAUUCCGCAAGACCAUGCGUAACGAGAAUCGCAAUUCAAUGCCAGCCUCAACCGUUGCCCCGCCACAACAACGAAUGAAUCCUCAAAUUCAACCCCGAGCAGCACUCCAGAAGAAGAAUAUUCCACUAGCGGCGGCUGCCGCUACCUCUGUGCCCGCGCCUCGGACGCAGCCCGUCCGGCCGCUUGUGUCAAAUGACAGUGACUCGGAAAGCUCGUUUCGAAAGGCACGUCGCAGCAAGUCUACUACCGGUGGGAAACAUACAAUGCGCCGAAGCAUGCGAGGUGCAGGCGAACCGACUCUGCGGGGAGAUAGGCUCAACGGCGUGCGGUCGGUUUCACCUGUGGGCAGGCGACCCUUCACCGCACCAGAUGGUUCUCACACCAUGAGAACUACUAUGAGAGGAUCGAUCGACAAUGUACCUACACUCCGCGGGUCAACCGACGUCAGAAGAUCAUCUUCAAUGUUUCGCCAACAGACAAAUACAGCCACCGCCCAUUCUUUGAGUAUGAUCGGGCAGAACAACCGGUCCCGCGUUUUGGACUCAGACGACGAGGACGAACAACCUCAGCGCAGCAAAUGGCGCUCACGUUUCGCCGAUGAUAGUGACGACGAAUCGGACGUGCCACAAUUUGCUCCAGUCCGCGGCAUUCCUCGUAGAACCACUGAUGAUGAAUCUACAGACCUUGAUGAUAGCUCGGAUGAGGAGCGAGCGUCACGACAAGCACAAGCUGCUCCCAAACUGCAAAUUCCACAAAGUGAUACGACUGGACUCCCUAGCAGUGGCGAAGCUUUGUCUCCAAACAGUGAGAAGAAGCGGGGACUACUUGGAAUGUUUCGCAGCAAGAAGCCAAAGGAUGACUCACCUUCGCCUGUGGUUGAAUCCCCGCAAAAGCCCCCGAAGACCACAGACACGACUAAAGGGUCACGGCUCGGAUUUGCUUCAACUGCCGAAAGGGAUAAAGCCAUUGCACAGGCAAGAGCCCAGCUGGAAGCAGCAAAAGAACAGCAGAACCCGGGGGGCCAACAGCAUGGGCAUGCCAAAUUGCAACGUCGACACGCGCCUGAGCGAGUCAUGAGUGAUUCUUGGCCGCUGCCUCCCGCAUCAUCAAAUGAAAAUGCUCGACCGAGCACCAUGGAUGGGCCUCCGAUGCGGAACGGAACGACGAGGCUGAACCAAGGCAGUAUGCGCAAACCGCCAGAUUUUGCCGAACCUGUUGGUCGCAGUGGGAAAAAGAAAAAGUUCCCCAUGCUACGCAAAGCCUUUGGGCUGAAAGAUUAA